AUGGAUUCUAGUUCUACAUUAUCAAAUAAUAUAGAUGAAAUAUUUGCAGUUCCAGAGAUCCCUUCAAAUUCUGUAAAUUCAUUACCUGGUCCAAGUUGUACUGAUUCUCAAUCUAGUGUGCCACCAAGAAUGAGGAAACGAAAAUUUGGAGGAGCAAAAAUACAACCUUCUAGAGUUAAAAAAGUAAUGCAAAGUGAUGAAGAUAUUGGAAGGAUGAUGGCUUCGGUGCCUGUCGCGAUAGGACGUGCAAUGGAACAUUUUUGUGAAAAAUUUUUAGAAGCCACAUCCAGGUGUGUCAGUGCAUCAUCCUCCAGAACAAUGAAUCCAUCUCACAUGAAGCACGCAAUUAUGAUAAAUCCUCAAUUUCAAUUUUUAAAAAAUAUAAUGAAAGAUAUACCAAUACCAAAAAACAUUGAUAAUAAUGUUGUAAAUGUUUCAUCCUCACCAUCAACGACACCACUGCAUCAGACGGAGUUUCAAAGUAAUUCUAAUUUAAUAUCAUCAUCACCUACUCAUGCAACAGAUUUAAAUAGUUCUAAACCUAAACGAGGUAGACCGAAAAAAAUAAAAUUAGAAGGUACUGAUUGUAAUUCAUAUAUAAAUGGAAUUUUUGUACAACCUCCACCAAUAGAAGGAUCAACGGAUUUUUUCUAA